CUCGCCCCAUCAGGGGGAUGGAUUCGCCCGAGCAGCGCUGCCCCUGAGUGGGCGGGGUCGCGGUGCAACUCCCGAACCCGGCAGUGGAGGAGUCGACGCAGCCGGCAUCGUAGCAGCCUCUCCACCUUCCUCCUCCCGCUCCGCAUCACCCUCGUGUCUCUCACCCCCCGCCACCCCCCUAUAAGGAAGAGGUUUUUUUGUGGUGGUAUACGCUUCAUCGUCGUCAUUUUAAUCAUCAUCGGCGGAACAAACAAACACCAAAAAACCCCCCACAAUCAUCAUCAGCAGCAGAAGCAAGAAGCAGGUGUCGGCGUGAAAGAACGAAAGAGAAAGACAGAACAGCAUUGAUGCUGCUCCAUUCAUUGACAGAGACGGGCAGACAGCGCGUGCGGCGAGGGUAGUUGUGGUGAGGGUCGUGCGGUGUAGCGCUGUGUAGCUUCGGUGGUGCCGCAUGCACAGUUGCGGUCAGGCGGUACUGUAUCGUGCGGUGCAGCGUGGGUCAGUGUGGAUCAGUGUGGUUGCAGGCGAGGGUUAGGUUAGUGCGGUACAGUGUGGAAUAGUGUAGCGCAGGUUAGUGUGGUGCAGGGCAGUGCAGGUGUGGUGCGGGGCAGUGCAGGUGUGGUGCGGAGCAGCGUGGUGCAGCGCCCUGCACGUGGCUGUCGCCCCAUGCCCCGGUGACGAUGUCCGCUACGGAGCUCUACUGCAAGCUCACCAAGGUAUGGAUCCCGCAUGCGGACGAGGUGUGGGUGUCGGCGGAGAUCUGCCAGGAUUACCGCGACGGAGACCGCCUGCUGCAGCUUAGGCUCGAAGAUGGCAGGGUGGUGCAGCACCCGCUGGAGGGGGGGCAGCUCCCGCCCCUGAGAAACCCCGACAUUCUGGUGGGAGAGAACGAUCUGACGGCACUCAGCUACUUGCAUGAGCCGGCCGUGCUGCACAACCUCAAAGUCCGCUUUGCCGAGUCCAACCACAUAUACACGUACUGCGGCAUCGUGUUGGUCGCCAUCAACCCUUACGAGCAGCUGCCCAUCUACGGCGAGGAUAUCAUCUUCGCCUACAGCGGGCAGAACAUGGGCGACAUGGACCCGCACAUCUUUGCCGUCGCCGAGGAGGCCUACAAGCAGAUGGCACGGGAUGAGAAGAAUCAGUCGAUCAUCGUGAGCGGGGAGUCGGGCGCCGGCAAGACGGUAUCGGCCAAGUACGCGAUGCGAUACUUCGCCACGGUCGGGGGCUCGGCCAGCGAGGCCAACAUCGAGGAGAAGGUGCUGGCCUCCAACCCCAUCAUGGAGGCCAUCGGCAACGCCAAGACGACCCGCAACGACAACAGCAGCCGCUUCGGAAAGUACAUCGAGAUCGGCUUCAACCGGCAGUACCUCAUCGUCGGCGCCAACAUGCGCACGUACCUCCUGGAGAAGUCCCGCGUCGUCUUCCAGGCGGAGGAGGAGCGGAACUACCACGUGUUCUACCAGCUCUGCGCCAGCGCCGAGCUGCCCGAGUUCAAGGACCUCCACCUGGAACCGGCGGAGGCGUUCGUUUACACGGCGCAGGGCGGCAACGCGGUCAUCGAGGACGUGGACGAUGGCGAGGAUCUGGAGCGCACUCGGCGAGCCUUCACGCUGCUGGGUAUCGGUGCGAGCUAUCAGAUGGGGAUAUUUAAGAUCAUAGCCGGCAUCCUUCACCUGGGCAACGUGGAGGUGCAGUCGCAGGACCGCGAGCAGGAGACCUGCUUCGUCAACAAGGAAGACAAGCACCUGAACAUCUUCUGCGAGCUGCUGGGGCUUGAGAGGGACCAGAUGGCGCACUGGCUGUGCCACCGCAAGAUCUCGACGGGCGCCGAGACCUACGUGAAGCCCAUGGGGCGCACGCAGGCCCAGAACGCUCGCGACGCACUCGCUAAGCACGUUUACGCACAGCUCUUCUCCUGGAUCGUGCACCGCAUCAACAAGGCGCUGCGCUCCUCCACCAAGCAGCACUCCUUCAUCGGCGUGCUCGACAUCUACGGGUUCGAGACGUUUGAAAUCAAUAGCUUCGAACAGUUCUGUAUCAACUACGCCAAUGAAAAGCUCCAGCAGCAGUUCAACCUGCACGUCUUCAAGCUGGAGCAGGAGGAGUACAUGCGGGAGGAGAUCCCCUGGACGCUCAUCGACUUCUACGACAACCAGCCGUGCAUCGACCUCAUCGAGGCCAAGCUGGGCGUUCUCGACCUGCUGGACGAAGAGUGCAAGAUGCCCAAGGGCUCCGACCAGAGCUGGGCACAGAAGCUGUACGAGAAGCACCUCGGGCGUGGCAAGCACUUCCUCAAGCCUCGCAUGUCCAACGUGGCCUUCAUCAUCUGCCACUUCGCCGACAAGGUGGAGUACCAGUGCGACGGCUUCCUCGAGAAGAACCGGGACACGGUCUACGAGGAGCAGAUCAACAUCCUCAAGGCCAGCCAGAAGUUUGAGCUGGUGGCGGAGCUCUUCCAGGACGAGGGCAAGGACGGAGCCGGCGCGGCGACGACCGCGGCGCCGGCGCGUGGGAGGGCGGGCUCGGGGAGCCGGGCGCCCCCGCCCUCGCACAGCGUGCGCUCCGCUCGCCCGGGGGCCAAGGGCUCGAGCCGCGAGCACAAGCGCAGCGUCGGCCUGCAGUUCCGGAAUUCUCUGCACCUGCUCAUGGAGACACUGAACGCCACGACUCCUCACUACGUGCGCUGCAUCAAGCCAAACGAUGACAAGAUGGCCUUCACGUUUGACCCCAAGCGAGCCGUGCAGCAGCUGAGAGCGUGCGGGGUCCUGGAGACGAUCCGACUGAGCGCCGCCGGGUACCCAUCCAGGUGGACCUACCAGGAGUUCUUCAACCGCUACCGCGUGCUCAUGAGGAAGAAGGACAUCGUGAGCGACGACAAGAAGCAGACCGUGCAGAACGUGCUGGAGCACGUCAUCAAGGACCCGGACAAGUUCCAGUUUGGCAAAACCAAGAUCUUCUUCCGAGCGGGCCAGGUGGCGUACCUAGAGAAGCUGCGCGCGGACAAGCUGCGCGCGGCCUGCAUCAAAAUGCAGAAGACGAUCCGCGGGUGGCUGCAGCGCAAGCGCUACCUGCGCAUGCGCGCGGCAGCCAUCACCAUCCAGCGCCACGUGCGCGGCCACCAGGCCCGCCGGCUGGCCCAGUUCAUGCGGAGUACGCGGGCGGCCGUCAUCAUCCAGACGGCGUACCGCAUGUACCGCGUGCGCCGGGCCUACGCCAAGAUACGCCGCACCGCCAUCCGCAUGCAGGCCCGGGCGCGAGGGAUAUUCGCUCGGCAGCGAUACCAGCAGAUGCUGUACCGGCACAAAGCGGUGGUGCUGCAGAAGCACGUGCGGGGCUGGCUGGCACGGCGGCUGGUGCAGCGCGAGCUGCACGCCGUCGUGCACCUGCAGUGCUGCGUGCGCCGCAUGCGAGCACGCCGCCAGCUCAAGCAGCUGCGCAUCGAGGCGCGCUCGGUGGAGCACUACAAGACGCUGCACAAGGGCAUGGAGAACAAGGUCGUGCAGCUGCAGAUGAAGGUCAACGAGCAGACGCGGGACAGCAGGGCGAUGCAGGAGCGCCUGGCGGCCACGGAGCACGCGCACGCCCAGGAGGCGGAGCGGCUGCGCUCCGAGCUGGAGCGGCUGCGUGCCGGCGCCGACGAGGCUCGCAGCUCAGGCACGCGCCUCGCCGGGCUCGCCGACGAGGUGCAGCAGCUGCGGGCGCAGCUGGAGCGCGCGCUCGCCGAGAAGAGUGCGCUGCAGGAGAACGCGAGCAAGUACCAGCAGGAGACCGAGAAGGUGGUGGCUGAGCUCAUGGAGCAGACGGCGCUGCUCAAGAGCGAGAAGGAGGAGCUGAACCUGCGCAUCCAGGCCAAGGACAAGGAGAUGCACGAUGAGCUGAAGGCGCGCCUGGCGGACGAGACGCGGCAGCUGCAGGGGGAUCUGGACGAGGAGCGCUCGCGCUACCAGUCGCUCGUCAAGGAGUUCUCUCGCCUCGAGCUGCGGCACGAGAACCUGCGCGAAGAGACCGAGAUGCUCAAGGCAACCGCGAAGCCGGGCCACAGGAGGACCGGCUCCACGCAGAGCAGCAACGAGUCGGAGUCGGCCUACAACUCCAUCAUGACGUCCGACGUCGACACCACGGACUUGACCCGCCACCUGGAGGAGGUGGACACCGUCAAAGCCGCGAUGGACUUCACCAUUUUCCUGAAGCUGCAGAAACGCGUGCGGGAGUUGGAGCAGGAGAAGCGCUGGAUGCAGGAGCGCCUCGACAGACACGAGGGCAAGGGCAUCGACGGCGACUCGGUGUCCGACCAGGCCCUCCCGGCAGCCAAGGGGGCGGCCGACCCCCGCACUGACGUGGAGAUUGAGUACGACGACCUCAAGCGGAGCGAGCUGGAAGCGGAGAACCGGCGGCUCAAGUCGGAGCUGGACGAGCUGCGGCACUCGCUGCGGGACGACGAGCGGGCCACGGGGCCCGGCCGGGCGGCUGGCUGCACGCCGUACGACCACGUCCUGGGACACCUCAACGCCGCGCUGGAGGAGCUCGAGGUUCGACGCGAGGAGGUGCUGCACCUCAAGUCGCAGAUCCUGGGCGGCGAGCGGCAGAAGGGAUCCAUGUCCGAGGCAUCGGCGCGCUUUGCCCAGGACCUGGAGAAGUUGGACGACGAGGAGGAGGUGAAGAGGGCGUACAUGGGCGUGCGCGAGGCCAACAGACGGGAGCGGGACCUGGAAGACGAAGACUUUGUUCUGGCCUAUGAGGGGUUAAAAAAGACCACGAGGCUGCUGGAGAGCCAGCUGCAGGCCCAGGCGCGCCGCCACGAGGCGCAGCUGGAGUCGUCGCGGCGCGAGACGGCGCUGCUCAGGGAGGAGAACGGGCGGCUCGCGCAGUCGCUGCAGCUGCCACCGGACGCGCGCGUGGAGCCCAGCCUACAGCUGGAGAUCACGCGCCUCACCAACGAGAACCUGGAUCUCUGGGAAAAGAACGAGAACCAGGAGAAGACGAUCCGCAAGCUCAAGAAGCAGCUGAAGCUCCUGGAUCGCAAGAUCAAAGACCUGGAGGCGGGGGUCAUGCCCCACGCGGAGCCGGCGGCCGAGGAGGUGGCGACGCGUCACCCGGCUAUCCAGCGCCUGGAGAAGGAGUUCCAGGGCAUGCUGGAGUUCCACAACGACGACGAGAACCGUCUCAUCAGGAACCUCGUUGUCGACUUGAAGCCAAAUGAGCUGUCCCAGAGGCUCCUUCCGGGGCUGCCCGCGUACAUCCUGUUCAUGUGUGUACGCCACGCCGACUACACCAACGAUGACCAGAAGGUCCGCUCGCUGCUCACCUCCACUAUCAACGGCAUCAAGAAAGUCCUCAAGAAGCGCAACGAUGACUUUGAGAUCGUCUGCUUCUGGCUGUCCAACACGUGCCGCCUACUUCACUGCCUCAAGCAGUACAGCGGGGAGGAGGGCUAUGCGCAGCAGAACACCUCCAAGCAGAACGAGCACUGCCUCAAGAACUUUGACCUCACCGAGUACCGGCAGGUGCUGAGCGACCUGGCGAUCCACAUCUACCAGCAGCUGAUCAAGAUCAUUGAGGUCGUCCUGCAGCCCAUGAUUGUGCCCGGAAUGCUGGAGCACGAGACGAUCCAGAGCGUGUCGAGCGUGAAGGCCACCGGCUUGCGCAAGCGCUCGUCCAGCAUCGCCAACGGGGGCUCCCACUUCACCCUCGAGUCGAUCCUGCGCCAGCUGUCCGUGAUCUACGACACGAUGUGCCACCACGGCAUGGACCCCGAGCUGGUGAAGCAGGUGGUGCGCCAGGUGUUCUAUCAGCUGGGCUCCACCACCCUCAACAACCUGCUGCUGCGCAAAGACAUGUGCUCGUGGAGCAAGGGCAUGCAGAUCAGGUACAACGUGAGCCAGCUGGAGGAGUGGCUGCGGGACCGCAAGCUGCAGGACAGCGGCGCCAAGGAGACUCUGCUGCCCCUCAUCGAGGCCGCCCAGGUGUUGCAGGUCAACAAGAAGACCGAGCAGGACGCUGAGGCCAUCUGCUCCAUCUGCACGGCGCUCUCGCCCGCGCAGAUUACGAAGAUCCUGAACCUGUACACCCCUGUGAACGAGUUUGAGGAGCGCGUGACCGUCUCGUUCAUUCGCAUCAUCCAGGCCCAGCUGAAGGAGCGACCCAACUCCACGCAGCUGCUCAUGGACGCCAAGCGAAUGUUCCCCGUCACCUUCCCCUUCAACCCCUCCACCCUGGGGCUCGACUCCAUUGAGAUCCCCGGCACCCUGAGCCUCGCCUUCCUCAACCGCGUCUAGAGCCUCCUCCUCCUCCUCAUUCGCUCCCACACAUGGCCGCCGCCAUCUCCCCUCUCCCGUUUUACUUGUCGUUGUUGUUUUAAACGGCGGUCAGCAUCGCCCGGCAGCAUGAACAUUGGCAAGAAACGCGAGCGGCUCGCAGGCCAAUUCUCAGCGCGCUCCGGGCUUCGCAGGGAUGUGCUUGCAGGUUGCCAGUACCGUGGUUGGCAAGGUCAGGGGCCCUGGUGGAAGGAAUGAAAUGGGGGUGUGUGUCCCCCAUCCCCCCCCCCCCGCCCUCUUCUUCAAAGGCCCCAGGGUGCCCUAGGCCCGCGAGUCCUGGUGCAGUCGUGCACCGCCUACACACUCUGCAGCUACGCCGCUGGGUUCUUACUCAUUGCCCGCUGCAGAUAGAAACCGCGUGAGAUGCCGUGGCUGAGUUGUCGGUGGUGAUGAUAGCCCUCAUACCUUCAGGUUGGCCAGGACUCACCAGGGCGCCGGUGCGUACGUGUAGAAAGACUCUUCGCGCAAACACGGACCACCCUCCUGUGCCCUGACAAAGUCACCAUCGUCAACCUGCCUAACUACCAUCAGUAAAUAAAGCAAAACACAAUUGGCUCGUGUCUGUGGUAUCUGCAUCUCCUAACGUUAUUUACGAUAUUCCACCACGUUUCCGCGGUUGGGUUAGUUACUACAAAUCUUAGUUACCACAAAUAAAGGGUUAGUUACAAAAAAUCCGGGUCUGACCAAUUGCCGAACAAGGGGUUUAUAGGCAAGGUUAAAAACAUAUCAAACAAUGUUUUGGAUUAUUUGUGCAGAACACCUCUGUCCAGUUGUAUCGGUUGCAUUGCCAUAACGUUGCAUGCCACCUCUAUGCUCUCUCGUCGGGUCUGGCGUCUUUUCCUCGUUGUGUAGUUUUUCUGUCGUCAGCAAUGUCGUCGCGGUGCCACCAAGAACAAAACCUACCGAAGGAAACCGUCAGGAAGGAAGGAAGGUUGUGCCGGUGGAGCAUUCGUGGGAGCGGCAGUGGAGAGAGUCCACGAGGAGGGGGGGUUUCAGGGCCCCCACGUGGCUGUGUUGGGGGGAACCCACAACGGCGUCUGUGCUUUACCCCUGGGGCCAUCGGCGUGGAAUGUGGACACACGUUUGCCUCUCUCACCUCCAGAUCGCGACCCAGGUGCUGCGUCGCGGCUGCGAUGCGCGCGUCUCACGCCCUCCCUUCUCACGGCCUCACGUCUCUUGGCUUCGCCCGUGCGUCAAGCUUUGACCUCGUUCAAAUCGGUACCUGGCGGUCGCCGUUCGUCAUCGAGGGUUAAGAUUCCGCAGCAAGCUUUCAGAAAUUGACAAAAUUAGUGAUUGUGGGUAAUUCAAGGACGCGCGCCGCUGUGCCGGUGAAUCAUUGAUGGGCCUCUUCUGCAGAUUGCCGUCUCGGAAUUCGCACGCAGAGCGCGCGUGCGUCCCCUUACAAAACAUUGCCACGUAACCGCAGGAGGAUACUCAACCCACGUGCGAACGUGGCGACCGCCCGUUCACCCAACGUUUGUUCCAAGCGAACGCUGUGCGUGCGCGCGUUAGUUGUAGUAAAUAGUAAGAACCCGAAUGCCGUUUUAGUUUAUGAAAAAAAAAACAUUUCUAAAUGCAGUUUACAUUCUUUUUCCUCUUUUGUGAGAGGUUUUGCUCGGCAAUCCUGGCAGGGCAAACGCCGCGUGUUCGCCGCUUCGACAGCCCGCAGGGUUCUUUUUACCUGCAGGUGCGGCAGCUCUCAGAGCUUCCUGGUCUGUGGCGGUGGUGGUUGUGGUGGUUGCGGUGGUGGUGGCUGCAAAGCGAUGUUUCUGCGCGUACUGGGUCACCUGUACCUUGUCGGUCAUGUUGUCUUAGAUUUAUUUAUUUUAUACACUUAGGGUUUUUUUUCCUUUCUACAAAUAUACAUUUGGCGGUUGUACCCGGACCAACGCCUUUGUGGCAUCAAGAGGAGUCACAUUACCUCCUGUCACCAACUUUUGGCUGUGGCCACGGUCUCGCGUGCCCCGUGGCCAUGAAUCCAUCGCGGUCUUUGAGUCUCAAGACUCUUUAUCAGGAGGGUCCUGUCAAGUGUUCGCAGCGGGGGAGGGGGGUCGAUGUUGCGUGCGUGCGUGCGUCCGUGUGCGCGUGAUCACAAUUGAAUAAUCCCCAGGUAAUAUUUCAGCAUUGGGAUGUUUUGGCCAAUACCGGUGACAUCGUGCGUGGGUUUUUAGCUGCGGGAGGAAAUUGGAGAGCGUGCAGGAAACCGAUGCAGAACAGGGGGGGGGGGGGGGGGAAGAGAGAGAAACGCGCAAACUGCACUUCACUCGCACGCAAGACAAGAGGAUUCCGCUAUCGCCAUAACCAGACUGUUGGGGCGGCGGGUGCUGCUUGCGAGUGCCGAUGGCAACAAAUUAGAGCGAGUGGCCACCACCACGCCCGGCCGGGAUCGUCUCCCCAGUGCCGAUGUUUGACUCGCCGCACCGAGUACCCUAUCAAGGCCGAGUCGACUCGGGGGAGGCCCCCCGAGGCUGCUUGAGAUAUUUGUCACCGAUGUUGACCGUGAGCGGGAACCCGAAUUGCGCUCGCCGAGUUGGUCCAGCUGCGGGGCCUCGCGCGGGAAGUCAAGACGUCAGACCCAUGCAUUUACCCAAGCGGAAUUUCCGACGAGAACAUUUCUUUUAUAUCAACACCCGUUACAUUGUGCCUAUUAGAUACUUUUUAAAAGUUAAGACUUCAACAACAACAAACAGGAACAUUUCCGGGGAAAAACACGAAUGCACGCUCCGUGUCGAGGCUUGACCGCCACGGUCGCGGCACGGGACCGGUGAAUCGUGAACCCGCGCGUCGAUGCUGGGCCAUUCCGGUAAACAUCCUCCCGUGCCGCACGACGAAGACCACCGCUGCGAUUGAGCGCCGCGCGACACGAGUAACAAGUUUGUUGUUGUCGUUGUGGCCCAGUGAUGCAAUGCCCUCCGCUGUUGUGCGUGUGGCUCCCUGGACGCCGCGGUACCGCUAGAACAACACGCUGUUGUCACCGUGGCUGCGGUCAGCACUGGGCCCCUCCCCAAAGUCAAUAAACACCGCGUGCCCGUCGGG